AUGCUUAAUCCUGGACUCGUCCGGCCGCUUAUAGAUUCGAGCACAACAGAUGCUACCAAGGCGCAAGCCUUAAUGAACUUCGCGCUCACCCUCUGCCACGAGAUGAUGCACGCAUUUGACAGACUCCGUAAUAUGACCCGCCCGGCUGACGAGGAACUUCUGGACGAACCGUUCUAUCAACAGCCUGGCACCAAUCCGGAGGAUUCGGCUUGGGUUAGCGAGGUCGGAAUGGCGUGGGAGCAGGCUAUGAUAGGAGGCUUCAUGACCGAUUCCCCGAGACGAAAAAGCACUUGGGGCUCAGGAGGGCUCCUCGCGUUUGUGGCUGACUUCCCCAAUUACAUCAUAUCCAAGUCUUACGGUAAUGGCGUGGACGUGGCCAAUCAUGAAAAUGACAUAUGGUUUGGAUAUGUCUUUCCAGCAUUCUUGGCGCAGGCAUACGGUUCGGAGGAAUUUUGGAGCAUUCACGUUGCGAGAUAUGGACUGCCUGCACUCCGCGUUCCCAAACUAGCGGUGACUCCUAUCAAUCGUUUCCAACACGGGGCCCCGACAAUAUGCCAGCUCGGUCAUGCUGUGCAGGAGUAUCACCCCCAGCUGAUACAACUCGGCCAGGACUUGAAAUAUCGCGACGCCGCAUGGCGCAUGAUCCGCCCAUGGUACCAGCAUCACUUUAAUGAGUGGUCACUGUCUCCAUAUUGCCACACGGGCCUGAGAAACCAUCCCGAGAAGUUUCGUCUCGCCCACAGACAAGGUGACGAGUUGGCAGCUCAAGAGGCCUUUCAAAGCCUCGGUGCGUUCGAGUAUUGGGAAGGCAAAUUCGUCGUGACUGGCUGCGUGCUGUCACAGAGCAGUUAUUGGAUUGACGAAGCGAUCGGAUAUCUAAUGAUGACAAUAAUGCCCAUCCGCACACAAGAACUUAUGAUUAGUGUUCCUAAUUUUGCCCGGAACGAAUGGACACCAAGCUUGGAGGCCACCCGCGAUGCUACUGCCCAAUCUCAAAGACCGAUCGAGGUUGAUUUUACUCAAUACAACGAUCUUCAUGAAACAUUCCUGAGGCCACGUAAUGUUGCUUUCGCUCCCGGUAGCAAUAGAGGUACUCGAGCGUCUCUCUUGAUGAUACUAAAAUCCGAAAUCCCUAACCGUCAGAACCAAUUUCCUCUUCCCGAUCCUGUCUACCAGGCAGUUAAGGCCAUGUUCGAUAACGUGGAGCGAAAUGCCCCCCAGUUCGAGAGCACAGACAUGUGGUUACCACUUCAGGUCAACUUUGUUCUUCCCCCUUGGCAUACCGCCCAGGCACAGACGAAUGUCGGAUACGGUCCCGCUACUCCGUACGCGCCGUACAACCCCACCGCACAACCUCAGCAGCAUGUUCCUGGUGCACCAGCUCCGAGUACACCGUCUUCAGGCUCGGGUACACCAUCUUUUCACAGUGCUUCGAGCUCGCUCGUAGGUACACCAAAUCAAUCCCCCGGGGGCUCGCCCCCGGGCCCAGUGUCAGCCCCCAGAAGGGCCGCGAACAGUGCGCGGAGAGCCGCAAAUGCUCCUGAUGAGGUGUAUUUCACAGCAGGCGAGGUCGGAAACCACCGCUCAUCUGGAGAUCUGUGGGUUAUCGUUGACGACGGCGCACGCGGCUAUGAUGUCUAUGACGCGACAGACGUCGUUGAAGAGAUGUGGGCGGAUGAUAUUGCGGCCUUCAACUUAGACGACCAUUGCGAGGCCACCCUUUUGGGCCUGAAAGCUCGCCCCAAUCUCAAACAAGAUCUCUUGGCUCAAGGCGAGCGCCGGGGGAAGCUCAUCCAGCCGAUGAGGCAGCAAGACAUAAGGGAGAGAGAUGGGAGGAAUGGAAAGCCGUUCUGGAUUUCAAUCGGCAAUGAUGUGUUUGAUAUAUCGAAUUACAAAUUCGCGAACCCAAACGAGCAAAAUGUAUGCACUAUGCGCCCAGGAGGAAAUCCGUGGAAUGCAGUUGUCAACGAUGGAACGAUCGACUACGACCAGUUGCUUUUGGAUUUUAAGCCAUACAAAUGCGCGACGAUUGCUUCAAAAGUACCUAAUAAGGGCCCUGGCCCCAUGGAAGAGUUUCAUUUCACGACAAAAGAAGUUGCCUGGCACGUCUACCCGGAGUCGACAAUGUACACCAUCAUCCGAGGGCAAGUGUACAAUUUGACAGGCUACAUGGACUUCCACCCCGGCGGAACGACAAUCCUGCAAAAGUGGGCAGGUAAGGACUCGACCCUGGAAUUCGAGAGCUACCACGAAGACCAUGACCGGUGCCUCGCCGACUACGACUACCUCCGGGUCGGCCGGGUGGUCGAGGAGAAACAAAUGUACCAGCUCACAGACAAGGAGGUUGUGCUCAACGGACAUAUCUACAACGUUAGCGGAUUAGGAACCGGGAAAGCUGAGCGUGAGUUGUUAGCGGACAUAGACCGUUAUGGGCUCCAGCGCAAGGACAUCACCCCGGUAUUAAACGACUCCUGGAAGCCGCCACCAAGCUUGUCGCUGCUGGUACAGAGGCCGGACCUCAUCACGGGGAAGCUGGCGCCGCCCCUGAGAGAGAUCGACAUGGACGCGCUGCACACGAACAACGGCGGCCACAUUCCCCACGCCGACGACAUCAAGGUGCCCCGCGACCGCGUCGAGGCCGACCUGCAGAUGCCGCUCUGGGUCUGCUACCGCGCCCUGGUGUACGACAUGACCACCGUCUACAAGUACGGGCCUGAGGACAUAAGGGCUGAGCUCAACAAGUUCAACGGCCGCUACAAGGGGAGCGUAAUCCCGCGGACGGCCCUGGCCGCGAGGCUUCAGGAGGAGUACAGCUGUCGCGUCAUCGGCCGGCUGGUGAGAGAUACCCCGAGGCGUAGGGGCAUAAUCGUUAGUGAUAGCGAUGGGGAUGAUCGGCCUGUUCGAAGGCGUCGCUUGAGCUAG